CUCCCGGACGCUGAGGACCGGCCCCGGGGUCUCGCUCACCUUCAGCAGCGUCCACCGCCCGCCACAGAGCGUUCGAUCGCCCGCCGCCUGAGCUCCUGGUGCGCCCGCGAUCGCAGCCUCCAGCCUCGCGGAGAUGGUUUCCCCAGACCCCCAAAUUAUCGUGGUGACCCCCGAAACUGAACUCGCGUCUAUGCAAGUCCAACGCACUGACGACGGGGUAACCAUUAUCCGGAUAUUUUGGGUGGGCCGCAAAGGCGAGCUACUUAGACGCACCCCGGUGAGCUCGGCCAUGCAGAUACCAAUGGGAAUCCCAAUGGGGAAGUCGAUGCUGGUGCUUCUCACCUUCUUGGCCUUCGCCUCGUGCUGCAUUGCUGCUUACCGCCCCAGUGAGACCCUGUGUGGCGGGGAGCUCGUGGACACCCUCCAGUUCGUCUGUGGGGACCGCGGCUUCUACUUCAGCAGGCCCGCAAGCCGUGUGAGCCGUCGCAGCCGUGGCAUCGUUGAGGAGUGCUGUUUCCGCAGCUGUGACCUGGCCCUCCUGGAGACGUACUGUGCUACCCCCGCCAAGUCCGAGAGGGACGUGUCGACCCCUCCGACCGUGCUUCCGGACAACUUCCCCAGAUACCCCGUGGGCAAGUUCUUCCGAUAUGACACCUGGAAGCAGUCCACCCAGCGUCUGCGCAGGGGCCUGCCUGCCCUCCUGCGUGCCCGCCGGGGUCGCGUGCUCGCCAAGGAGCUCGAGGCAUUCAGGGAGGCCAAGCGUCACCGUCCCCUGAUUGCUCUGCCCACCCAAGACCCCACCCACGGGGGCGCCUCCCCAGAGAUGUCCAGCAAUCAGAAGUAAGCAAAACCACCGCAAGUCUGCAGCCCAGCACCACCACCCUCCAGCCUCCUCCUGACCACGGACGUUUCCAUCAGGUUCCAUCGCGAAAAUCUCUCGGUUCCACUUCCCCCCGGGGCUUCUCCUGACCCCAGUCCCCGUGCCCCGCCUCCCCGAAGCAGGCUACUCUCCUCGGCCCCCUCCAUCGGGCUGAGGUCCACAGCAACAUCUUCAAACAUGUACAAAAUCGAUUGGCUUUAAACACCCUCUACACACCCUGCCUCCAAAUUAUCCCCAAUUAUCCCCACAC